AUGGCUGAGUAUUCCUAUGCCUCCGACAACAACACUCUCGAGUUGUUCGGUAAGAUGUCCGAUCCAUGCUUGGAAUUCGGCGCAACAUCCGCUCCUUCUUCAAUGCAAGUGGAUCCAGUACUGGCAUCCCAGGGUCGCAAGCGCACGGUUGAGACUUCUGAUUCGGCAGUUGCUGGCAACAGCGACUCAUCUGCCAUAUUUUCCGACACCAGUGUUGGCUCCAUAACGGAGAAAGAGGACGAUCGCAAGAAGAAGAAGACGUCCAAAAGAAAAAGUUGA